ACAGACUCGCAUGGUUUUGAACGCCCAGCUUCUAAUUUGUCCACCAUCGCCAGUCAAGAGAUGUUGCAGGCUUUUGCUUCUAUCUCCCCCCUCCACGUGGCACUCCCUGCCGCCGCACGUGUCAAGUCUCCACCACUUGCUUUCCCAAUGAGCCAACCGCCUCCUCGCCAUUUCCGAUCACUCGCCACUGUGACCGCCGCCAAGUCCACUCCCUCUGCAUUUGUUGACCUCAAAGCUGGCAAAGGAAUGAGUGAGUUUCAUGAUAUUGAGCUCAAAGUCCGGGAUUAUGAAUUGGAUCAAUAUGGAGUUGUGAAUAAUGCUGUCUAUGCAAGUUAUUGUCAACAUGGUCGUCAUGAGCUUUUGGAAAGGAUUGGUAUCGAUUGUGAUGCAGUUGCCCGCACUGGUGAUGCAUUGGCCCUAUCAGAGUUGUCACUCAAAUUCCUUUCACCUCUAAGAAGUGGAGAUAAGUUUGUUGUGAAGGUGAGGAUCUCUGGCUCAUCGGCUGCUCGCUUAUACUUUGAGCACUUCAUUUUUAAGCUGCCAAAUGAAGAGCCUAUUUUGGAGGCAAAGGCCACAGCAGUUUGGCUUGACAAACAUUAUCGCCCUGUCCGUAUUCCACCUGAGAUGAGAUCUAAAUUUGUUCAGUUUCUUCGCCAUGAAGAUUCUAAUUGAUUUAAUUGCAAAAAGAACUUUUUCAACAAAAUUCUUGCCUAUAUACCCGCUGGAACCGAUAGUACAUUUCCCUCACAAUAUACCUUUUUCAGCUUCUUAUAAAAACCUGGACUCUACAAAACUAAUUAUACUUGCUUAGCAAUAUCUGACAACUUUCUUGGGAUAAAAGAAAAAAGGGUGGCGGAGGAAAUGAUCGGCCAUGAUUUGAGGAUUUUAAAAGAUUGAUUCUUUAACCUUAUACUUGUUUGUGUAAUAAAGAUGUUGAUUUUGACAUCAUCAUCCUGGAGCUCAAAUGCUUGCAUCCUUCUUGUAGAAGAUUAUAUUUUGUUGUUUCCUUUGAAAUUGUUUACGCUUAUGCAAUAUGUAAUCAUGCAAGAGAUACCAUUUGACUGUUGUCAUCUGUGUUUGGCAAUGUGAGAUUAUUUUUA